CUCUUCUGGGGCUUGGCGCCAGGUACGUAAGUCACCCAAGUCAAACCACAAUACUUUGUUACUAGUUCCCUUUUCCCGUUGCGGGUUUGGGGGGAUUUCCUCCGAAACGUCCCCGCACCGUCAGUGCUUAGUAUCAGCGCAAGUCUAGUCGACCAUCAGUCGAACAUCCGAAUCGUUACGCCCUGUUUCAAGAAUAUUCAUUUGAGAAUUAAUACUCGAACUCUCGCGAUCGCUUAACGGUCAUCUCGCCAUGGAUCUUCCCCCACUCACACAAGAGCAACUGACCGCCGUCGUUGCCUCUGCUAAAACGCCGACGGAGCUCUACGAAACACUAUCAAACUAUGAAAGCGAAGCUUGUCUGCUCUCUAUGAAAAAGGGCAACCACACGGAGCUACUCAGUCUUUAUUAUUCUACAUUCUUCUUCUCCAACCUUCUUGUAGACAGAAUUCCCGAAGCUCGUUUAUCGACACAACGCGUGCCACAAGAAUUACUACAAAAUGACUCGUCACUACAGAACUGCUUGACACUUCUCCGAGCGGUCUGGCAACGGAAAUAUGAACAAGUGUAUAAGAUUCUGCGAGAACUGCCGUGGCCAGAAGCACUCCGACCCAUAGUCCAGAGUUAUGAAUCUCAUUUCCAGGAAAAGACGUUAAAGGAAGUCAGCAGAGCCUAUGAGGCGAUAAGGCCAGCAGCCGCUGCAACCUAUCUCGGUCUGGAUGCUGCCGCCGCACAACAGGGUGACCCGGCCAUCAUGCAGAAGUUCAUAGCGUAUGGAUGGACAUGGGAUCAGGAAAAAGGGUUGUUGCACCCGAAACCGAUCGUCGACGAAGCCCCUCAGAAAGAUGUUCGGUUGUAUAAUGAACUGAGUCAGGUCAUGGCCUUGAUCGGAAAUCGCCGGAAUUAAGAGUAUCUGGGAGUCUGCAAAAACAGGGGCUACCUUGCAACUCGAUUUAUCCUACAGUAAUAGGCGGGACAUGACGGAGAGAUCGGAU